AUGAAUAAUUCCUUCUAUGGCGAUGGCUCGAACAUUUCAGAACUCGUUCAACCGCUCUGUGUCUCCCACAACCAAAGCACUUUCCCGCCACUGCGACUGGAAUCAAAAUCGCUGGUCACUUCAGCCACUAUGUUCGCUUUUGGAGUCAUGGGGAACCUCAUUGCCAUUGUUGUGUUAUGCAUCUCAAAGAAAGAGCAGAAGGAGACCACUUUCUAUACGCUGGUUGUUGGAAUGGCUAUCACGGACCUGUUGGGCACCUGUUUCACCAGCCCGGUGGUUAUCGCCACCUACAUAGCCCAGAGGUGGCCCGGUGGAGAGCUACUGUGUGACUUUUUCUCGUUCUCUAUGCUCUUUUUCGGCUCGGCUGGAAUGUCCAUUCUGUGCGCUAUGGCAGUGGAACGAUACCUGGCCAUAAACCACGCGUAUCUUUACUCCCAAUACAUUGACCGGACGACGGCGCGUUUGGCGCUCAUGGGCAUCUACCUAGCUAACAUUGUGCUGUGCAUCAUGCCCAGCUUUGGUUUCGGGAAGCAUGUGCGCCACUUCCCAGGCACUUGGUGUUUUUUGGACUGGAGGGCGACGGACCCCCUCGCUGCCUCGUACUCGUUUCUGUAUGGCGGGUUCAUGUUGGUGUUGAUUGCGGUGACAGUUCUGUGCAACUUCGCAGUGUGUCGGUCACUUGUGGGGAUGAGCCAGAAGACGCGGAUAGUGAGAGCGAAGGUGUCCGCGCAAGUAGGCUCACGGCGGGUGUUCCUGCCCUCCGUCACCUGCCCGUCCGCGGCUGAGAUCCAAAUGUUCUGGCUGCUGAUAUUUAUGACCAUCGUUUUCCUGGUGUGCUCCAUUCCUUUGGUGGUGCGCAUCUUUGUAAACCAGCUGUAUGGUCCUUCCAACAUCUGUGCCGGAGUGAAUCCAGAUUACCGCAGUGAUCUGAUGGCCAUUCGCUUCGCCUCGUUCAACCCCAUUCUGGACCCCUGGGUAUACAUCCUCUGUAGGAAGAACCUGUUGGUCAAGGGCUGUGAGAGGGUGAAGAAGACAGUUGGACAAGUCAAGGCGGGCCGCGGGCGUAAUUUAGGCUGGGUUGGCACUAGCAGUCAUCAUUCACUCCCGUCGUUUGAACACAGCAACGAGACCAGUUAUGCGUCAUUACGCACGACCAACUACAGAAACGAUUCGGAGAACCAGGUUACCACCAAAAAUAAAUCAUUUACAGACUUUACCAUGCGACAAGCCUGGGACCUUGACACGGCGCAGGCGAACUUCCAUCCGUUUAGUGUAGAUCAGACUACCGUGAUCGGUUUCGAGGCUGAGAUAGCGGUGGUGUCUAAACCCGCCAUGCUCGCGUCAAAGCUCGGAAGCAGCGAGGCGCUUCCGGAGAUGUGCUCACCAGCAGGUCUUCAUAGCCACGUCAGUAAAGGGGACAUAGUCACCUGUACCUUCAGCACACUAAGCUCCUGUCAAUCGGAGAAGUGCCUCUGA